AACCAAGUCUGUAAUCUGGAGAGAAACAGAGACUCAGAAAGUUCGUGUAUGUAAACCCUAAUUUAUAGUUUUUAUGUUAAUUUUAAAAUAUUAUCUUUAAUUAAUCAAAUGGUCAAGAGCUGUAGGGUAGGAUUAGAAACAUCCAGGCGAUCCUCACCCACCUCCUCCGUUCCUCUGCCCAAAUGAGCUUUUUCGUAUUUCUUCACAAAAUUUCUGGGAAUGGUCAAGAGAUGUAGGGCCAGAGAUACGCGUCGCCAAUGAAGCAGGUUUUUGAGUUAAAAUGGCUGCUGGGUUCGCAUCAAAGGUGAGCUCUUGUUUUGCCUGUGUGGUGGGUAUGUGCUGCUUCUAUUUAUUUCGAGUUUAAUAUUUCAAUGGAAACAACGAUGCAAGUGUUUGCAGAUUCUUCUUCUUUAAUAUUUCAAGUUUAUUUUUAGGUGUAAAGUGUAAACAGCAAGCAAAUCGCUUCAUGUGAAUUGUGUAAUUAGAAAACAAUAAUGAAUUAUUUCCUUGUUCCUUUAAUCUUUACAGAAUCUAAUUACUAAAGUGGAUACUCCAGUAGCUGCCAUGCUUUUUUUUGUCUUCCAUUUGUUUUGCACACGGCAACCAUUUUUGGUGCUGGGUGUAGCAUUCAUGCCUUUAACAAGUGCAAAUUACAGUAUUAUAAAAUGGGUUUUGAUUUUGUUUGUGCAAUUCCAUAUAUAUUUAUUCCGUUAGGUUUUUGAUUUAAGGGGUUGCUCUUUAUAACCGAAGUUUAAGUGUUUUCUUAGAGCAUUUUCGAUGGGUUUUGGCAAUUUUGCAUCAAAUUAAUGCUUCCUGCAAACAGCAUCUGUAAAUGGAUGCAUUUGUCUUCUGAUACUAAUUUGAUGUUUGCUUUAACCAAACGACGUGAUGCAUUCUUGAAAAAAGAGAAUGUUGAUAUAUUUAAUUCUAUCUAACUUCUAUUCUUAAGAGAGCGGGCAAGGCAGACACCAAUGCUUUAACAGUAGUUUCAUUUCCCUUUUUAUCCUUAUAUGUCUUUGGUGCGCCUCUGCAUUUGGUGGUAAUUCUGCUCUAUGUAAGUGCCCUCCAAAACCAAGGUGUCAGGGGGAUGAAAGAGACACAGAUGGUGGUGGCAAAGAAAAUCAUGAUGACCUAGAUUAAUUCUGGAGAGGGUUUAACACGGUGUGGAACUUGUAAUGGCCUUUGGCUCUCUGGGAGUUCUUUCUUAAAAAUUGGAUCUUCCACUUGUUUGCUGGUGUGGUGAAUGCUGCCAGAUUGCAAAGAAAGUUGAAGCCUCAAGAGCCAACGUCACUCCUUUUCCCUGAGCCUGGAAAUGUGGGUAUGGUAAUGUUCAUUUAUGCUAUCUUCUUGUUCAAGUUCAUUGCUUCAGUUUCAAUAUGCUUCUUCACACUUCAAGGACUCAACUUCUCCACUCUGUCUUGCUGGUGUAAUGGUAAUAACAAAUAACAAACCAAACCUGACUAGAAGGUUAUCUCUUUCUUUCUUUCGCUGUGUAAUAAAUCAAUGUAUGUUUGUGUGUGUGGUUUUCAUCUUCUAUUGUAAGAAGAGCUAACUGCAGCUUCUUGCUAUGAAACUGAGAUAGGAUUGCAAUCUGAAAUCUGUUGGCUUUUAUUCUUUUUUUUUUUUAAGUCAUUUUUCUUUUUUUAAAUGAGUUCACAAUCUAAUAUUUGUAUAAUUUUAUCUAAAAUUUCCAGAGUCUAAUAUUGUAUAUUGCAGCACUUUCUUUGGUGGUUACAAUGAAUGUUGGUAAACUG